GGUCUGCGGCUGGCCCCUCGCUGGCCCUGUCUCCCAGCCCCAGGCAGGUAUUCAGCCGGGGAUUCUGCGCCUUGGCUACUCCCUUUGCCCGUGACACGUGAGUAUGAGGGGCGUGGAGGAGGAGAGGAGCUGGAGAGCGCUCACACCUCGGCGUCCGUGACAGGGGCUGGGAUCCCGAAGUCAGCUUUGGCCAAGGUUCUAGCCCAAAAUGCAGCUAAGGAGCCCUAGGGCAGCGUGGAGGCGCAGGCGCAGGCGUGAGGGCAGGGAGUUACGAGUCCCGAAGGGAGCGAGGGAGAAAAGACCUACCCAGACCCGAGAGGGAAUUGACGGGUAUUGGAAAGCAGAGAAAGGAAGGACCCUAGGUAUGGAGUCGUUUGAGGGAUUACUGGCUACCUGUGGAAGGAAUUUUUGGCCUGCAUCGAGAAGGAAGUCAAAGUGGCAUCAUUUGGAGAGGAUACGGCCCUAAGCGAUUGGAAAGUCAGGAGACGAAGACGGAACGAGGAUUUCUAGAACCCUGGAAGAAGUUUGAAGGGGAUGCGUGUGUGAUACGGAGAAGCUCAUGGAGGGCUUAUCUAGUGUUUCGCUUUGUAGGGAGCUUCCGCUCUUGGGACACAGAGCUACUUCUCUAAGGCUUUGCAGCGUUGGGCCUUUUAGCUAAUUAGAUUCGCUCUUCCAACGGUGUAGGCUGCUGGAGACAGGCGAUAAGGGCUGCUACCUCGGGAGUGAGCCAGAGAGCAGAAAGUAGAAAUUCCACUGAAAAGUGGAAAAUGCUCGUGGCUAGUCUUGAGGGUGGGAAAGAGUGGGACAGAGCCCCAGCGAUGUGAACUGCUUCCCAAUUCCUGCCUCCGUCAUUGGAACAUCCCAUUAAAGAGAUUUAUUUAUUUAUUUUUUUUUUUUUUUUUUUUUUUUUGCAUUACCGAAAUAGAUCUGUCCCAGAACAGGACAAUUGAAGGGGAUUUUUCAAAAUCUUAAAAGUCCUACUCUUUAUUUCCAAAGUCUCUAGACAAACUAUGGCGCCUCAAGAAUCUAAUUGUAGCACAUUCAAAGGGAAGUACGCAGCCCUUGGAUUUUAUACUCUUCCUAACAAACUUUGGCCCCUCUGUACUUUCCAGAAAAUUGCCAGCAAGUAGCUUUGUGCCAUGAAUCCUCCAGGUUGUCCCACUAAUUUCAUACAUGUUUAAUACUUGGACAGCCUAGGGCAAAUCAUUUAACCUCUGUAAGCAUCAGUUUCCUCAUCUGUAAAAUGAGAGAAAUCAUACCUGCUCUUCUGGGUUGUGAAGAUUGCCAAAAUAUGAUCUAGAUUAAAAACACUUAGAGCAUUUGCCACUGAAUCAAAAGAAGCAGUUCAAACAUACAGAUAAACCUUACACAGAAAAGAGAAUAAUGUAAGUUUGACAUCCUAACUUCUUAAACCAAUAAGCAAAUGAAAGAGAGUUCAACUCAACUAUUGCAGACCUCAGGGUGUUUAACCCUUCAUCCUAUUCUUUGUUCUAAUUUGGGAAGAGAAAUCAUUAACUGUUAACAAAUAAGGAACUGAUUCUGAGGCCAAAGGACACAGCCUUAUGUGUGAGCAUCCCUCCAGAAAACUGGUCCUGGGGAAAAAAAAAAAAAUCUCAAAAGUCCAGAAUGUUGAAAUUUUAAGUUAGAUCCUGAGACCAUAUACGGAAAAUGGCAUGUUCAAUCAGUCCCAUGAAAAGAGUCUCUUAUUAAUAGUUUUUUUUUUUAAGAACUCAGCUGGUCACAUAGUGUGCUGAGCAAUGAAUUUAGGGAAGGCAGGAGUCUGAGGUUUGAGUUCUUUAUUCCAACCUCUGAACUGUGUGAGGAGUCACUUCCCCCUGCUUUGUCAGAAAGAAAGCCGAGCUUUGGCUGCCGACUCAGAUCCCCAGAAAACUAAUGUGAAAGGAGGUAACAUGAACGUGUGGUCCAGUGUAGACCGUGAGCUCUGGAGUUAGACUUUUCUGGUCCAUCCACUAACUGUGCCUCACCUUUUUCAUCUGUAAAAUAAAGACAACAAUUGUAUUCACUGCGUAGAGUUUUUGUAAGGACUAAUUAGUUAAUGCAUGAUAAGUGCCUUUAACAGUAGAAGGCAGGCACUCUAUUAAGUUUCCUAUUGGUGCUUUAAAUGUGUAUGGGGCCUCAGACUUUAUGGCUGGUGAUAAUUAUUCUAUGGAAACAUUUUAUUAAUAUUACUACAGUGAAUUGAUGUUGGAAAUAGUACAGAGUCAGAGAGACAAGACAACUUCCCCAGCAUUUGUUGUUGCCCUAGUGGAACGUGGAGAACACAAGGCCAGAUGUAAGUUGGUUUAGGGGAGCAGAGAAAAUUCAGGGCUCAGAGCUUCCAUUUUCCUGUUUUUAAACUUCUUAGUACCCAUUUAAUCCUGCCUAGCGUAUUAACCAAAGUUCAGACUUGUGGUAUGGAAGCAUGCUGUUAUACGUGAGGAAAGUUUGGAAGAAUUCAAUCUUUGUACCAUAACAGUGAGAGUUAUGAAAUUAACAAGUAGCAGUGGCCUGAAUGAUCAUCAGCUAAGAAUGGAUACCAGAGUGAAGUCUUCUGCAAGGGUAAAUCAGAAUGUCCUUGGGUGUGGGGAUGGAUUAGAGAAAAGGCGUCUGGGAAACGGAGCCAUGUGUUUCCAUUCCUAGAACAGUACAAGGAACAGGUGAAUUGGAAAGUGACUUAGUGAUUCCCAAGAAUUGCCAGCAAUUUGGAGGAUACAAAGACAACUGUCCUGGACAUUUAGAAACUCUUGGGAUUUGUGACAUGUAGAGCCUGAGGAUGUUCCCCUUCUGCAGCUGCUGGAGGACUGGACUGCUCCUGCCACUGCUCCUGGCUGUGGCAGUAAGAGAAUCCUGGCAGACAGAAGAAAAAACCUGUGACCUGGUGGGAGACAAGGGUAGAGAGUCAGAGACAGAGUUGGCUCUACUGAAGAGGCUGCAACCACUGUAUAACAAAAGCUUUGAGAGCACUGUGGGCCAGGGCCCAGAUACAUAUAUCUACAUGUUCAGGGUGUGCCGAGAAGCUGGCAACCGUACCUCUGGGGCAGGCCUGGUGCAGAUCAACAAAAGUAACGGCAAGGAGACAGUGGUAGGGAGACUCAACGAGACCCACAUCUUCAAUGGAAGUAAUUGGAUCAUGCUGACCUAUAAAGGGGGUGAUGAAUACGACAGACACUGUGGCAUGGAGCAGCGUCGUGCAGUGGUGAUGAUCUCCUGCAAUCGACACACCCUAGCGGACAAUUUUAACCCUGUGUCUGAGGAGCGAGGCAAAGUCCAAGAUUGUUUCUACCUCUUCGAGAUGGACAGCAGCCUGGCCUGUGCCCCGGAGACCUCCCGCCUCAGUGUGGGUUCUAUCUUACUAGUCACGUUUGCAUCACUGGUCGCAGUCUACGUCAUCGGGGGGUUCCUAUACCAGCGACUGGUGGUGGGAGCCAAGGGAAUGGAGCAGUUUCCUCACCUCGCCUUCUGGCAAGAUCUUGGCAACCUGGUAGCAGAUGGUUGUGACUUUGUGUGCCGUUCUAAACCCCGAAAUGUGCCUGCUGCGUAUCGUGGUGUGGGGGAUGAUCAGCUGGGGGAAGAGUCAGAAGAAAGGGAUGAUCAUUUAUUACCAAUGUGAUUGCACUUUAAAUGCCCAGCUGCUUCUUCAGUCCCCCAAACCAAAGCAUACUCAGCCAGAUUUCUUAAGCAGCGUCCACUCCAGUCUCUCAUCCCACCCUUAAUAUUGCUCUUGCUUUCCAGUUUGCUUUUGAUUUGCAUCCUCUUCUCACUAGCAGAAAUGCCUUUCCUUUUUCCCCGAUUGUUUUUCCUCUAGAGAGGUACAGUUACAGGACAGAGAUAAAAUGAUAGGGCCUGUGCAAAAGAGGCUAUUACACUAUCUCUUGGUGUCAGAAGGUACAAAUAGGAUAGUCCUAGUGAGCAAAAAAGCGUGGCAGGCUCCCUGACCUUUUUAAACACAUUUUCACAAGUUUUUGAGACACUGGAUUUAAUUAAAAAAAAAAAAAAAAAAGGCAAGAAA